AUGACUGUCGUUGCAACGGCACAGCUAAGCAUUAGCGCCCCUCCAGCGACGGCAAGCGGCGGCAAUUUUGGCGUCCUCAUCACUUUCAAACUGCGAGAUCAGAUUAUCGAUGCCGCGAAUCAGUACUGCUCCGCCGGCAAGCGCAACGGGAAAAGGACUGACUUGGCUUGCGCUAUCCCUGAGAGUUCUCGAUCUCAACUUCUGGACGAUAUUAGAGGCCUGAUCACGAACAGCAUCGAUCCAGCCAGUAAAGAUCUUUUGGUUCUACUUCCUCAAGCCUUGAGUGACCCAGCCGUAUUCCAGGCUGCCAUGGCCACAGCUGGUACUCUAGCAAUUGCUGGUCUCUUGUUCGAUGGUAUGAGGCUGUCGACCGAGUUUCAAUUCAUGCCCGGACUUCUCAGCUCAGCGAUCGACGAGCAUACGAGCAGCAGUACUCAGACAAGUGAUCAGCAGAUCGGUAUCGCAACGCCGGGUCCCACCCUGAGGAAUGUACCACCGGCGGAUCCAGAAGACGUCUCAAUCCUCACUGUGUACCUUCAGUCUGUCCUGGCUGUUCCAAUCACGGUUACAGUUGCUCCACCGACGACCAUUCCACAAGCUUCUGUAACAAGAACUCUCACACAAGCAUCACCUGUUCUUGCAUCGCCUUCCUGCUUCAGUGGAGGAGCGGCUUUCAGACUGUCGGACAUCGAAGACAAGGUGACGUCGUUCUGCAAGACAGCAUCGAAGGAGAAGUGGACCGCAAAGCAGACCAGUUCCAUCUCAAGCAUUAGCAACGAGUUCUUCGGUAAGCAUGUGGCAACCUUGAAAAGUGCGGUGUCACCUACUCAUUGUCUCUCUAGCUGGACAAGGGCAGUAUCGAUGGAAGGUCCCAUCCUCCAACAAAGACACUGAGCUUUACAUAGAAGCGAAGUUCCGAGCCGACGCUUGCGCUUCUGGAGCUCCGCAGUCUGUGGACUUUCAGAAAGACAAGGGAAAGUGGUGCAUCUCCAAGUUCCUACAGGUGGUAAACGAUUGUAAGCACGUGGAGUUACUGCGCGAGUCUGCGCUAUAACUGAUGCCUUCUACAGGCCAGACCAGAGCUGACAAUCCGCAUCCCGGUCUCAAUGAUUUCUGGAAGAAAGGCGGGAUCAUUAAUCAAGAUUGUAUCGAAUGGCAAGUUGGAGAUACGGCGGCGUGA